AUGAAGGCCAUUGCAGCAGCAGAUAUAGAGACAAAGCUACCGAUUGAGGAUCGAGCAAAUGGUCUCAUGAGACCCGUAGAGAGGGAGAAGCUGGUCGUGACGCCUGUACCGGUCAAGCGGAAGCCUGGCCGACCACCGAAGAACAAGACAGCGGUCAAGACUGCUCCUAAGAAAACACCAAAAAAGCGACAGAAAAAAGACGAGUCAGCAGAUGUAAACGACGGCAAAAAAGCUUCUGUGAGUACGCUCGAAGAAGAAGAUGAUACCACUGGUCCGACACUUAGUAAGGAGGAAAUCAAGGCAAAGGUGGCGAGUCGUAAGACGCCGAAGAUGAAAGAAGGUGAUGGCACUGCCAGUGGUUCCAGGGUAUCUGUCAAAAAGACAGUUUCUGUGAAGCAUGGAAAAUCAAAAGGCUCUGCCGAAAUCGAUAGUAAACGAAAAAAGGAGAUCGAGCUUGUGGUCCCUCAUAAGUCCGUAAAGUCAGCCGACAUUCGUGAGAUGACGGACGAAGCUGCCAAGAAGAAACUGGGUUCUUUGAAGAAUAAGACGACGAGUGAUAAACGCAAGUACAAGGUGGGCGACCUUGGUUUGUUUGCAAGCAAAAUGGCACGGCUACAGGCAAAAGAGUCGGCGCGGAAUAAUGAUGAGCUGGUUGGCAUGAUGCAAGAGUUGUUCAAGGAAACGCUCAUGUAUCGUUCAGACGUGGAGCGGUCGGGUCUUGCUGCUAUAAUUGCGAUAUUGCGCAAGAGCUUGAGCCCCACUGUUGGGUACACGGCAAGCGCACUGAGAAAGCAUAUGAUCAACAUCCUGAGCAGCGAUACAGACAGUACAACUGUUUUGGGCAAAAGACCGCACGAUGUUACUGAGCAAGGCACGAAGAAGCGAAAGGCUGAAAACGGCAGCCGCUUGAAGGUAGAUGAGCCAAAGCAAAAGCCUAUGACCGGUUCUUCCUUUUCCGCUAUAGCAGACUUGGUCGCCGAAGAACCCUCACCGAAUUUUACGACGCUUCCUUCGAUAGCAAUAACAGCAAAGAAAGCGGAAGGGGCGUCGUCAAAGGGGAGCGCUGUGAAGACGGAGGAAAAGUUGCUCGUCCAGCCUGCUAAAGAUGUUGCUGAUAAGAAUGCACACUUGCGAGACACAUUGGCGAGCGCUGAGGAAGUUGCUGAGAAACGCGUAUCAUCUUUGGACAAGCAAUCGAUCCUUCCGUCGGUGGUGGUAGAUAAGCAUGUGAAUGGUGCAGCGAAAGACAACGUGGACAUGUUUGAAGCGCCAGAACACACGGACAAGAAUAGAUCGAUCUUUGUGGAAAUGCUGAGCGAAAUUCUUGAUCACGACGGGUCGAAGCGUGCGGAUCUGGCGAAAGAAAUCGAGGCAGCACUAUUUGAGCGAUUCAAGGAGAGCAACGACGAUUACUUGACUCAAGCGCGUAUCAUCAUAUUUGGCCUGAAGGAGAACGCCGCCAUGCGAGACCGACUCUUCUCUGGAGCCUUGCACUGCUUGGAAUUUGCCUACGCUGACGACGCGUUUUUUUGCAAAACGAUCGAGUGA